AUGGCUCCCAUUGGACUUUUUCUCAUCGGUUUUCUCACAUUUUUUUCAAAUGUCGACGCCUAUGGCGGUGGUUGGACCAAUGCUCAUGCCACGUUUUACGGCGGCGGUGAUGCCUCCGGCACAAUGGGUGGUGCUUGCGGGUACGGGAAUUUGUACAGUCAGGGGUAUGGUACAAACACGGCAGCGUUGAGUACAGCACUGUUCAACAACGGGCUGAGUUGCGGGUCGUGUUACGAGAUAAAGUGCGUUAACGACGGGCAGUGGUGCCUGCCCGGGUCAAUUUUGGUGACGGCCACGAAUUUCUGCCCGCCGAACAACGCCUUGCCCAGCGACAAUGGCGGGUGGUGCAACCCGCCCCGGGAACACUUUGACCUGUCACAACCCGUUUUCCAGCACAUGGCCAAGUACAAAGCCGGUAUUGUCCCUGUUGUUUACCGAAGGGUUCCGUGCAUCCGAAAAGGGGGCAUAAGGUUCACAAUCAACGGCCACACAAACUUCAACCUCGUCCUCGUCACCAACGUCGCCGGCGCCGGCGACGUCCACUCCGUGUCGGUGAAGGGUUCCCGGACAGGCUGGCAGGCAAUGUCCAGAAACUGGGGGCAAAAUUGGCAAAGCAACGCAAAGCUCGACGGCCAGAGCCUCUCCUUCAUGGUCAUCGCCAGCGACGGCCGGAAGGUCGUCUCCAACGACGUCGUGCCUGCCGGCUG